UCCGGUUUACGUGACGAGAAAAACCGUCAUAGGAAGCAGAACUGAAAUGCAAGAGUCCAGCUGUGAAUAUUCAACUGGAGAAUUCUGUGUUGGACACCCUGGGAAGGAGAUGGACUGUACUGAACACCCUGGGAAGGUGAUGGACUGUACUGAACACCCUGGGAAGGAGAUGGACUGUACUGAACACCCUGGGAAGGAGAUGGGCUGUACUGAACACCCUGGGAAGGAGAGUGACAGCAGGGAGACCCAGACAACAGACAUGGGCCCGCAGCAGGAAACGUGUGAUGUGAACUUUCCCCGACCUGUCAACAAGUCAACCUCACAGGUACAGGAGAGCAAAGGUGAUAUGGGAAGGCACGUGGUUAAACACACCGGUGAGAAACCCUACAUAUGUGGGGAGUGUGGAUACAGAACAGCUAAAAAGUCUCACCUAUCUGAUCAUAUGAGAACCCAUACAGGAGAAAAACCCUACAUGUGUGGGGAGUGUGGGUACAGGACAGCUGACAGGUCCAACUUAACCCGACACAUGAGAACCCAUACAGGAGAAAAACCCUACAGGUGUGACCAGUGUGACUAUUCUGCAGCACUCAAAACUAGUUUAAACAAACAUCUAGCAAAACACAUAGAGAAACCCUACAUGUGUGGGGAAUGUGGAUACAGGACAGAUCACAAGUCUGACUUAUCCAAACAUAUGAGAACCCAUACAGGGGAAAAACCCUACAAGUGUGACCAAUGUGACUAUUCUGCUGCAAAGAAAUCUACAUUAAAUGAGCAUAAAGCAAGACACACUGGUGAGAAACCCCUACAUGUGUGAGGAGUGUGGGUACAGGACAGCUCACAAGUCUGAUUUAUCCAAACAUAUAAGAACCCAUA